AUCUGGGUUCCAAAACCUUCAAUUCAAUUCAUAGCAAAAAGUAACGAACGAUGAGGGAGAUAUUGCACGUGCAAGGUGGCCAAUGCGGUAACCAAAUCGGGUCCAAGUUCUGGGAAGUAAUAUGCGACGAGCACGGCAUUGAUCCCACCGGAAAGUACAGCGGCGAUUCCGCCAACGAUCUCCAACUCGAGAGAAUCAACGUUUAUUACAAUGAGGCUUCCGGUGGCAGGUACGUUCCACGCGCCGUCCUCAUGGAUCUCGAACCAGGCACCAUGGACAGCAUCAGAUCCGGCCCUUACGGCAAGAUCUUCCGCCCCGAUAACUUCGUCUUCGGCCAGUCCGGCGCUGGCAAUAACUGGGCCAAAGGUCACUACACCGAAGGCGCUGAGUUAAUCGAUUCUGUUCUCGACGUCGUUCGCAAAGAGGCCGAAAAUUGUGACUGCUUGCAAGGUUUUCAGGUUUGUCACUCGCUUGGAGGUGGCACGGGUUCUGGAAUGGGAACCCUCUUGAUAUCGAAGAUCAGGGAGGAAUACCCUGACAGAAUGAUGCUCACUUUCUCUGUUUUCCCUUCUCCAAAGGUCUCUGACACGGUUGUGGAGCCAUACAAUGCUACUUUAUCUGUGCACCAACUCGUGGAGAAUGCAGAUGAGUGCAUGGUUCUUGACAACGAAGCACUCUAUGACAUCUGCUUCAGGACUCUCAAACUCACCACUCCUAGUUUUGGUGAUCUGAACCACCUGAUUUCUGCAACUAUGAGUGGAGUUACCUGCUGCUUGAGGUUCCCUGGACAACUGAACUCUGACCUCAGGAAGCUGGCCGUGAAUCUGAUCCCAUUCCCGCGUCUUCACUUCUUUAUGGUUGGGUUUGCGCCUCUCACAUCUCGUGGGUCACAGCAAUACGUGUCUCUCACUGUCCCAGAACUCACACAGCAAAUGUGGGACGCCAAAAACAUGAUGUGUGCCGCAGAUCCCCGCCACGGCCGCUACUUGACGGCUUCUGCAAUGUUCAGGGGAAAGAUGAGCACCAAAGAGGUGGAUGAACAAAUGAUCAAUGUUCAGAACAAGAAUUCUUCGUACUUUGUUGAGUGGAUUCCCAACAACGUGAAGUCGAGUGUGUGUGAUAUCCCUCCCAAGAAUUUGAAGAUGUCGUGCACUUUCAUUGGUAACUCCACCUCAAUUCAAGAGAUGUUUAGGAGGGUGAGUGAGCAAUUCACUGCAAUGUACCGCCGCAAAGCCUUCUUGCACUGGUAUACAGGGGAAGGAAUGGACGAAAUGGAGUUCACUGAGGCAGAGAGUAACAUGAACGAUUUGGUAGCAGAAUACCAGCAGUACCAGGAUGCAACCGCGGACGAGGAUGAAGAGUACGAAGAGGGUGAGGAGAAUGUUUAUGAGGAGCAUUAGCUGAACCUCAACCAAAUUUGCUACUAAUCGUGUAUCUAGCUGUGGCUGUCUG